UGUCGCCAGGUGGCAGCAAUGUAGCGACACAAACACACACGAUAGAGAUGGAAAUGUGUUGACUAUGUUUAAUGUAUGGAAAGAAUUAUUUGAGAAGUUGAUGAAUGAAGAAGACGAGAGAAAAGGAAGAGGAGAAGAGUCUUGAGCUGCGAGAUCAGCGAGACCUGCGCCAGACGGAACGUCUCUGAGACGUCAGCUCGACAACCCUUGACCCACUCAAUCCACGUGACCAAGACACCACAUGACCCUGGUCAAGUGUCCUAAACGAGUGCGCUCCGUCCGAUACCGGAUCGGGGACAGCAGCCUUAUCUGGGUCUUUCUACUGUUGCCGCUCCUCGCACUUGUAUUGCAGAGUGACAUUCCCCUUAGUGGCCUUGCAGCAUGCCAGCCAGGGGCCGAAAGGCCAAGCAGACUGAGGAGGACGAGCAGGAGCUGGAGGAAGAAGCCGUUAUUGCGGCUCCAACGGAGUUUGUAGACGCCAGUGUGGGCCUCAAGACUGCGGCAGAGGGUUGCAGCGGCGAAGCCAGUGGAAAUCUGUAUGAUUGGAAGGACGGCCAUCAAGAGGCAAUGGCUGAUUUCUGGAGGGAUCACCCUGAAUUUUACGACAAGUCAAGUGCAAGAUACAAAGACAUGCGGUACAAGAGAGCAGCGGUUCAAGACUUUCUUGUCGACAUGCAGAAGGCCUUCGAGGAUCUCAAGAAGCCCCUUCCUACAUAUGCGCAGUUCAUAGGACACCUGCGGAAUAUGAGGACAAGAUUCAACAGAUACACGACAAAGAAGUCGUGGCAGCCUGCUCACAAAAUCUCUGCCAAGGAAGCCUUCAUCAUUGAUCGCUACCAAUUUCUGCACAAGCACAUUGUGGGGAAUCGGCAUCUUUCACCUGAGGCGCAUUGGUUUGGUGGAGGCCACCACUUCAGAGAAGAUGAUGAUGACCAUGACGCCAUGAGUUUCGGGUCGAGUGUGGAAUCUUCUUCGCAACCUGGACCCAGCUCACGUACCUUUGGACGACAGAGGCAGAAAAAGACGCGGGAGGAAAGCAACGAUAUCGACCAGCCAGAGUUUCGCAGAGCCCACCACUUCAGAGAUGACGACAUUGAUGAUGCCACGAGUGCCGGGUCGAGUGCGGACUCUUCUUUAGAUCCCGGACCGAGCCCACGCAACUUUGGACGAGAGAGGCAGAAAAAGAUGUGGAGGGAAAGCAAUAUCUACCGUGCAGCACUUUUGGACCGCGCACGUCAUCUUGUGGGGAACAUCCACCGGCCUCUGUCACACCACAGGAAGCGUGUCAAGGAAUUUGUGAGAUUCCUUGAAACCGAAAUCCUCCAAGUCCCAGAGCACGAGUUCAACAACUGUAGUAUGGAGUUCAUCUACCUGAUCAGGAGUUUUCAGGCCGAUGGCAGUGUUCAAGCGAACCAACCCACCCAGGGCAGCGUGAACUCGUCCGUGGGAAUGUCCAAUCAAGUGCAGUUUGGGGGAAUGUCCAGACCAAUCCGGUAUCGGGGAACGUAUAAUCAAGUGCAGACCACAAGUCAGGGAACAGGCCACGUGGCGUGUGGGGUGCAAGUUAACCAACAGGUAGGAAGCUACCUUAAGGUGGAAAACAACUGGGACAGCAGCGACAUGAAAGAAUGUGAACGAGAGAGAAGUAACGGACAUGACGCAAACAUUUUGGAGAAGCAAGAUAUUCCCCGUUCGUGGCCUUAGUUCGGCAAAGUGUCUUGUUUUCUGCUCAUUUGGGGUAAAUACGUUAUGUUCUGACAACACGUUCAACAUAGAUCUGUAUAAUAUUUUUGAAAGAGCACAGACAAUAAAGUUUUUUUUUUCAUCAAUUGCUAAUAUAGCUAAUUUUGUUAGUUUAUAAUUUUACUGCUUUCAACGCUUUAGGAGCACGUUUUGAUUGCAUAUAGGUUGAGACAAUGCUGACUAAAGUGUUAACUUAAAAACUAAACAAAAAAAUGUACAUUGUAAUCAUUUUUUGUCCUCUUCUCAGUACCAACACUAAGACAAAAGAGGGGAACAACAUUUGUGGGUGGAGAAGUUUUUGUUGUUCUGCCACGUUAUCAAAACGGGUAUGUUUACAAUUGACGCUGUUUAUUCGUGUAUUGCACUACGUUUUAAUAUCUGUACUAUUUUCUACUUUUACUGAAGUGCAGGAGAUGACUCACUAUUUAUACUUUUCAAUUUUAUUCUGCAUGCAUCUGUACUUCUACUUAAUUGCAGAGAGUACUUUCGGCACCUGUUCUUUAUACUCUGUUAAACAGUGGAAAUUAUAUACACUCAGAGGAUAAUACAUACAAAGUAAGUUGCAGUAUGAAAAUAAAAAAAUGAUUCUUUUGA